AUGGAAUAUCGUCGCAAAUUUCCACGUUCGGAUGAUAAUGACCGCGAUGACUGCCCUAUAUAUUCAAGAUUAUUUGUUCUUCGUGACCGCCCUGUUAAAGAAGAUCAAUUGAGAGAAAUAUUUUCAGAAUUUGGCCACAUAGAAGACAUACGUAUACCUCGUAAUCAUAAUACAGGAGAACUUAAGAGAGUUGCAUUCAUAAAGUUUUCCAAAACAUCAGAGGCUGCCAUUGCUUUGGAAGCUAUGAACGCAAAAAUGAUUCCUAACGCCAAUCGACCUCUUAAAAUAAAGGUAGCAGCAAACCGAUCAGAUAUUCAAACUGAUGAUAAUAGCACUGAUAAAUAUAAACGAUUAUUCUUACACAUUUCUAAAGAUGUAAAUGAAGAAGUAUUACAAGAAGAUUUUAAACAAUAUGGCCAAAUUGAAGAUAUAUUAAUUCAAAGAGAUAGAAAUACUGGUGAAUGUAAAGGCUUUGCCUAUAUUACAUAUCGAAAAUUCUCAGAAGCAGCCAUGGCUUUUGAGAAUUGUGAAAGAAAGUAUAGAGCAAUUUUUGCUCAACCCAAGGGAUUUAAUAAAAGAAUAGAAACUACCUUUGAGGCAAAUAUAAACCAUUUAGCUGUUUCUACAAAUCAAGGAACCUCUCUAAUGUCUAUGAUGAAUGUUAACCCUAAGGGUUAUACCAAAGUUAUGUUUAAAUGCAAUCCAUUUCUUACACAAAUGCAUGUAGAAUCAUUGUUUGAUAUAAUACCAGGGUUUGUGAAUUGUCAAUACUUUGUCGAUUUAAUGAGAAACUUUGGUAAAGGUGUGGCACAAUACUCUAACCCUAUUUCGGCAGCUUAUGCUGUGCAAAAACUUAAUGAAUUUGAAUAUCCACCUGGCUGUAAAAUUUUUGUAAGACCACAAACUUCAAACAAUGAUCCCGAAGAACGAAACAUGCCCAAUAUAUCCACAGCUGUCAGUAAUCUGAAAAAUGCCAUUGCAGCAACAAAUAACUCUUCUUCAACUGAUUUAGCACAAUUGGCUGAAGCUAUUGCGGAGGCCUCUAAAUUAGUCAAAAUGGCCACUGCUGGGGUCUCUGAUGACAAUAUACCAGAUAGCAAUGAUUUGAGUUAUUGUAGUGUUAGCUUACCUUCUCCCCAGCCUCUCGCGGACAUUGAUAGCCCGGUAGCUAAAAGAUGCUUUUUAGUUUGCAAGCCUCAACCUCCUCCGUUAACUGUAUUGAGAGAUAUUUUUUGUCGUUUUGGGAAUCUCAUCAAUGUGUACACUUUGCCCAGCAAAACGGUAGGAUAUGCUCGGUAUUCAGUCAGUGAAUCUGCUGAUGAGGCCAUUAAAACGUUGCACGGAGCAGAAAUAUGUGGGGUUCGUAUGAAAGUCCUUGAAGCGGAGGCCGAGGCACCCGCUAAGAGGAUGAAAAUGGACGAA